UCAAAUCAGCGAAGACAAAUCCUGGAGAAAACAGAAGAGAAAAAUGGAUCAAAGUAGAAGUAUGGUAGAGGUCUGGGGUCUACCAGAGGAUUUACAAGAGCACAAACUAGUGCAGAAAGUGCACAGGUACUUCACCAAAUGUGAGCCUGGAGGAGGUGAAGUGGUGAAGGUGUUGUACCCAUGUUAUGGACCAGGACAGGCCUUCAUCAUGUUUAAGGAGCCUGAGGCUGCUGCACGUGUUUUGCAGAAGAGCUCCCAUGUGUUGAGAGUGAAUCAUCAAACAUAUCAUGUAAAAGUGAAAGCACCAGACAGUCCUGAGGUGGAUUUACCAGUGGAGGCGACGGUACACCUGAACAGUUUCUCAGAUCAGAAAAAGGUGCGAGAAAUCCUCCUAUCACACGACUUCGAGAUGAAGAUGGUAGACAGGAAUCGCCUGCAAAUCACAGGUUCAUUUUUGAAGCUAGGAGCCGCAAAGAUCCGUUUGGAGAUGCUUCUUCACUCCCAAAAACAAAACGAAACACCACCAUCCCCCUCCAAAGACAGAAGCCAAUCAGGAGCUUCAUCAUCUUAUCCACAACAACCCAGAAGUGAGUCAUUUGUCAUUGACAUGGACGUCCUUAUGUACGCUAAACGUGUCAUGAAACAACACAUGGAAGACAUCCUACGGCGCCAUAACGUCCAAAUGGAAGAGCGUCCAUCUGGUGAUAACAUCAGCAUCACCUUACAGGGAAAAAGUACACAAACAGCCAUUACCAAACUGCAGAGUUUUCUAAAUGAGCUCAGUUUAUCACUACGCACACAGGAAGUGGCACUAAAGAACAUGGAUCAGGAAGGACGGGACCUUUUGAGAAGAAUUCAACAAGGAAACAAUGUUUACAAGUCGGUGUUGGUCUGUCGGAGGAGCGACACGCUGCACCUCAUCGGACCGUCUGCGGAGAGCUAUGAGGUGAAACAGCAGCUGAUGGGGACGACGGCGGACCGAUCAGGUCGGACUGGGACGACGGUGGACCAAUCAGGACGGACGGGGACGAGGAGGAGCACCUCUGUGCCUCCAGUCAAUGGAAGGAAAACUGACAGAGCACGCGAUGCAAACCUUAAGUCGUCUCCUGUGGAGGCCCGAGGUCACUCAUUAAAGUACCACCCUAAACAUGAGGCUGCUGCUCACAGCGGUGCAAGUGAAGGUCACAGAGGAAGAAGCAGGCAGUGAAAGAGAUGAGGGGAAGCGCGAAACAGCGUCCCAGCAGCAGGAAGUGAAACAUGCAACUAAACUCAUGCUGAUAGAGGAAGUACUUUUGGCUAAUGAGGAUAUAACCAGCUGGUGAAGGAAUACAAAGGUU